AUGAAUAAUCGAGAUGAAGCUUUUGUCAACUUUCAGGGUCCCGUAGGUGUUUUAACUACAAGUGCCGGCGCACCUGUCCCGUAUACUGAUGCCACCAACACGCUAAAUGCUCAGUUGAUUUAUAACACUUUUUUUAUGGAUUCGAUAACUAGUGUCAACCGAGAAAGAAUUCCUGAACGUGUCAAUCAUGGGAAAGGUGCUGGUGCAUUUGGUUAUUUUCAAGUCACACGCAAUGUCUCACACAUUUUCAAAGCUGACUUUCUGAAGAAAGUGGGAACGAAGACUCCUGUCGCUGUGAGAUUUUCACAAGCACUGUCUGAUAGAGGAAGUCCUGAGGUGACUCGAGAAGGACGGGGCUUUGCAGUUAAAUUUUAUACUAAAGAAGGUAACUUUGAUUUACCUGGAAACAGUAUUCCUGUAUAUUUUUAUAAGGAUCCAAUUUAUUUUAAUAGAUUUUUGCAUGCGUUAAAAAGAAAUCCAGCCACAAAUCUCAUUGAUCCUCACACGCUUUGGGAUUUAAUAACAUUGGCUCCCGAAACAUUAAAUAAUUUUUUAAGAGUAUUCUCAGAUGCCGGUAUACCUACUAGCUAUCGAAAUAUGCCUGGUUAUCCGAUUCAUACGCAUCAAGUUGAGAACAAAAAUGGGGAAUGUAAUUUUGUCCGAUUCCAUUUCUUGCCAGAUGGUGGUAUUAAGUACUUAAUGUCUGAAGAAGCUAGAAAUCUCAAUGUUAUGGAUCCAGAUUAUAUGACAAGAGAUCUAUAUCGAGCAAUUGGAAAUGGUGACUUUCCUUCUUGGACACUUCACAUUCAAAUCUUAAGUGAAGCAGAUGUAAAAAAGGCUGGGCCUAAAGUGUUUGAUGUUACGAGAAUUAUUCCUUUGAAAGAACACCCCUUACAUGAAGUUGGUAAAUUAGUUUUAGAUAGAAAUCCCAAAAAUUAUUUUGCAGAAGUAGAACAGUUGGCCUUUUCACCGUCAAAUUUAGUUCCCGGAAUGCUUGGAAGCCCAGAUAAAAUAUAUGAAGGUCGAAAACUUGCUUAUAGAGAUACCCAAUGUUAUCGCCUGGGAAAAAAUUUCAAUAAGAUGACUGUUAAUUGUCCAUUUCGAGUCAGGACAUUCACUUAUAACAGAGAUGGCGUAUCUCCAGUAAGGGACAACGAAGAAGACAUUCCCAACUACUACCCUAAUUCAUUUCACGGCCCUGUGCCCUAUAUGACAAAACCACGAUCAAGUUUAAUUAAAAUUAUAGAAACACAGCCAGACAAUUUUGAUCAAAUUCAAGAGUUUGUCAACGAAUUGAAAACUGAUGAAAAAUCUAGAUUGAUAGAAAAUUUAGUUUAUUCGUUGCAAACAGUCUUUGAACCACUGCAAAGAAAAGCAGUAGAUAUUUUUACAUCCAUAAACGUUGAUUUGGGAAAUGGCGUGGCCAAUGGAUUAAAUAUGACAAAGUGUUAUUAA